AUGGCUCGUCAACCUUCAUCUGCAAUGAGGAAUAAUGUUCCACGGCGUUUACCUGUUUUACAGGCACCUACAUUUCCUCGAUUAUCGAAUUAUUAUCACGAAGAAACGCAAUAUCAAACAGCAGAAGAGGAAGAAGAACUAUAUCAAUAUCCAACAACUUAUAUUACAGCUCAACAUGGAGCUCAUAUCAAGAAAUCAGCAAUGCAACGGCAAAUUAUAACUGAAUCAGAGCGUUUUCUGAGCAUUUUAUCUGCAAUAACAAUAUAUUUGCCAGAUGAAGCGGCAGCAUUUAAACUUUGUCCAGAACAUGGAUCAACAGAUUUACCUACAAUAAGUUAUUAUCCAGAUGAAAGAUUUUGUAAUGUUUAUCAUAAAUGCAAUUGUACUACAACUGAAUGUCAUGGAGUUGAAUCUCAAGUCUGUCCCAUGGCUAAAGUUUAUUCAAAAGUUAAACAAACCUGUUUAGAUAUUGAAGAAGAAAGCUGUGGAACAACUUAUGUUCAAUGGGUACAAACUCAUAGUAGUAAUAGCGCUAAUAGUAAUGAUGACGUUGCUAUUAUGGUAUCAGAUUCUCUUCAUCCAUCAACAACAAGUAAUGAUUUUGAAUGUGACGAAGAUCUACCGGGCAAAUUUAGUGAUCCAAAUAUUUGUAAUAUGUUUCAUGUUUGUAUUACUCGAAACGAUCGAGUAGUUGAUCAACCAUUUAUGUGUCCAUUUCCUUCGGUAUUUAAAACUGGCGCAUCAGGAAAUAUGUAUUGUGCUCAUCUGGAACCGGAUGAUUGUAGAGGUAAAGUUUUUUAUCGUACAAUCGAAGGUUCAACAGCGAUGACAACCGAUAGUACUGAUGGUAUUAAUUAUCUUCUACCGAGGAAUACGCUUAUGAUUGAGAAAUGUUCUCAGCCAGGCUUACAUGCUGAUAGUCUUUAUUGUAAUGCCUAUCAUAGAUGUACCGCUAAUGGUAAUGAUGAACAGUACAUAUGUGAAAAUCAACUAUUAUUUAAUCCUGAAUCGAAUAUUUGUGAUUAUCCAAUUAAUGUUGUUUGCGGAGGUAAAGGUUUACUUCGUCGUCCAGCCGACUUUUCAAAUAGUACAGCGGCCAAUUCAUCUUCAAUAAUGGUCUACGGAACUGAACUUCAUCCCGAAUGUCCAUCUGAUGUAUCCAAUGUAUUAAUUGCAGAUAAAACUUAUUGUAAUAUUUUUUAUCAUUGCCAAUCUGGUCAUGGUUCAGUUUACAUGUGUCGCGAAGGAACAGUUUAUGAUUCUUCAAUUCAAGCAAGUGUUGGUUCAUGUCGUAUUGAAGAAUUAGUCAAUUGUGAAGAUCGUAUAAUCUUAACACAACAUGGUAAACGUACAGCGAAAAAUUUCAAAAAUAUAAAUUCACAAGGUUCCGAAACAGUUGAAAAACAAAUUUCAUUAGGAAAAAGUUUACAAUCAAAAUAUUCAAAUUUUAUUCUACUACCACCGCCAGUACAAAAUCAAAAAGUGAUUCUUGAUGUGACAUUCGAUUGUAAAGGGCGCAUUGAUGGUCAUUGGCGUGAUACACGUUAUUGUGAUGUAUUUCAUGCUUGUCUUGCUGGUGAACAAAAACGUUCCUACGGUUGUAAUCAAAUAGGAGAAAAGUUUUAUUUCGAUGAUGUAUCACAAAAAUGUGAAUUUACAAGUCGAAAUGCUAAUGGUUGCCCAUCAAAUCAAUAUUUCACAAUGAUUGAACCAAUACCAAGUAUUCCGGGUUCACAAUUGAGUACAGAAGCACCAACUGAACCAUGGAAAAUAUUUGUUCAAUCUCGUGAACAAUUUGGCUGUUCAGGCAAACAAGAUGGUUUCUAUGCAAGUCGUUGGUGUAAUGUUUUCUAUCGAUGUUUUACAGGCAUAGCUACAUCUUUUCUAUGUCCUAAAAUGCCUAGUGGUUCUCGUUUAUGGUGGGUACAACAUGGCUCGCCACAAAGUAUUGCACAAGAAACAGCUGCAUGUACAUGGCCGUGUGAAACGGGUCGGCGAUGUUCAAGUCCAGGUGGUAUUGUUGCUGAGACAGGUUCAACCGUUACUGAAAGUCAACAAGAAGCUGAAACUGUUUUCACUCAAUCACUUUGUACAAGUGCAUCCGAUGGAUCAACCGGUGGUGGUGGCCUGGGAUCUCCAUCAACUGAUGGAGCACUCACGGUUGAUUCUGAUGUUAGUUGUGUGACGCAAGUGGAUGGCGUUUUUGUUGGUAGCCGAUAUUGCAAUGUAUUUCACCGUUGUGUUAGUGGUACUCGACGAGAUUUUCGUUGCCCUCGCGCAACGAAUACUCCUUAUGAUCUAUGGUGGAAUCAACAGACUCAACAAUGCGAUUGGCCAUGUCGAAUUCAAUGUUCCGGUUCUGUAUAUGGUACGUCAACAAGUGCUCAACAAAUUCGUACUGAAAAUUCUCUACUAUUCAGUAAUGAAUGUUCUGGCUAUCAUACUGUUGGCAGUGCUCAAGCCAAUGGUCAAGCCAACCAUGUUGUACUUAAUCACCAUGCAAUAGUUUAUUCGUCGAAUGCUCGUGAAUCGGAACCAUUACAAGGUUCAACAUCAAAAAUAAUUGAAAAUCCAGAUCCAAAUUUUAUUUGUAUUCAAACUGGUAAAUUUCCUAGUCGACGUUAUUGUAAUAUUUAUUAUGAAUGUGCAACAAUCGGUUCAUCGCCAACACAAACCUACGAGUGCGUCAAUAGUUUCUUUGAUCGCAGUCAAGGAGCAUGUAUAGCAAAAGAUCAAGUGCCAUGCUUAGGCGGUAUCUAUCCAUAUGAUUCAGUUCCCAUUGAUCGCAAUCCUGAUUCAUUACAAUGUUCAACCAAUUCUGGCUUUCAAUUACAUGUAUCAAGACAAUUUUGCAAUAUCUACUAUCUCUGUGAUGGCACACAAAUCACACCGACAACAUUCCAUUGUUUUGAUCGGCUAACACAAGAAGAAGGUAUCUACGAUCCAUUUGCUGAACGUUGUGAUUCAAGACGAAAUUCCAAUUGUCAAAAUGCUAUAUUAAAUUUAAGUCAAACAAGAUUUCGUACAUUAUCAGUAGAUCAUUCACGUUUUCCAGACUUGCCAGUUUUUCCAUGCAAAUACGAUCAAUCGUAUUUAAUUGAACAUGAACAAUAUUGUAACUUGUUUCAUUCGUGUAAACAAGGCAACUAUCAUUUAUAUGCUUGUAUAUCCAACGGAGUCGAUAAUCAGCCAACAUCAUAUUUCUAUCAACCCAAUGGACAAUGUUCAUCACCAUUGUCGACAUUAUGCCCAAAAUCAAAAGGUGUUUUUAGUUAUGAACGUUUAUUAGGUCGUGGCAAUAGUGGCAUGUUUCAACCAUUUAUUAUGCCUGAAGAAAAACAACAAUUUAACUUUGGCUCAAUACCAAUCCAAGAACGUGUCGAACCAGUGCCGAAAUGUCGUGAAGCUGAUAAUUAUAUUAUUUCACAUGAACGUUAUUGUAAUUUAUUUUAUGGUUGUCGAGAAGGUGAACUUAUAUUAUAUGCAUGUGUUGAUCGAUUAACAAAUAAUUAUGGUGGCGUAUUUCAAUCAUCGACUGGAAAUUGUAUUGCAUCUAAUGAGUGUGCAACAAAUGAAUUCUAUCGGCCCAAUCAAGCAACAACAUCCCGCCCGAAUUCCGAUGUCCUAUUUCGUUCAUAUACAAUGCUUGAAACAUCGAAUGAAACAAAAAAAAUUGAUGACACAAUGGAAAUCAAAUCAUUAUUUUCUUGUGUAAAUCAUCCCGAUGGAUAUUAUGAAUCGGAAUGGUGUAAUAUAUUUUAUCGUUGCAUAUCCGGUAAACGUAUCGCUGAACGUUGUCCAAUAUCCGCUAGUCAAUCAUCGGCAAAUUAUGAUCUUUGGUGGAGACAUCAAUCUGUAAUAUAUAAUGCAACCAAUCCUCAAUUUAUCAGUGGCUUAGAUCAUAUGCUUCGAUGCGAAUGGCCAUGCAAAAUUCAAUGUAGAAAACCAAUAUGGAUAUCAAAAAAUAAUACACUAGGAAAUCCCGAUCAAGUAUUAAAACAAGAUCAUGAACAGCGACCUGGCUGUUCAUUGACUGCGACUAGAAAAAUUGAACAUUCAAUACAAAUACCACAAAAAAUGAUCAUGUAUUCGGACAUACCCAAUCCAUCAAAUUAUACAUGUCCAUUAAAUAUUCAAGGCGUUCGAGUUCGUGUGCCAGAUCCAAAAUAUUGCAAUGUUUUCUAUGAAUGUACAAAUACAAAACUUGUUGGAUCAUAUUUUUGCAUUGAAUCUCAAUAUGAUGCACUCGAUCGAGAUUGUGUACCAUUAACAAUCAAUAACAAUUGUCCACUUGAACGACGUUAUUCAUAUACACGUCCACGUUUAGCUGCACAAUCAUCUGUAACAACGUAUUAUGAAGCUGUUGAAGUCAGAAGUGUUAAUCCAAGCGGUUAUGAAUGUAUAACCGACGGUAUUCAUACAGAUUCAAUGUUUUGCAAUUUAUUUCAUGCAUGUUCGGGUCGUACUCGACGAACAUUUCAAUGCCGACAAACAGGUACCGAUGGUAUCAAUGAUGGUGUAUCAACAUUCGAUUUAAAUACAAAGAGUUGUACAAGAUUUUCAACAUUUUCAUGUUCAACAUUACUUUACAAUCAAGAAUUUAUAAUUCUACCUGUUAUGUUUAAACCUCCGAGUGUUUCACCAUGUGGUAAACAAGGAUUUUUCCCUGUGUCGGACGCAUCAGCACAAUAUUGUAAUAUGUUUGCUUGGUGCCCGAAAGGACAUGGCGAAUCCAAAGUAUUCGAAUGUGUCCCGUCAGUCAGCGGUGGAACUGUAGGUGCUUUUGAUAUAUCCAGACGUUCGUGUACAAGUCGUAGUUCAUGUCCACAUGCACGUCAUUCAUCACGAUAUAAUAUAAGUUUACUUGCAAUGACAUUACGACCAAAAGUAGUUAGUGUUGGCAAACGUAAGCAAUUUUCAUUGACAAGUACGAUGCUUGAAAGUGGCUAUAUUGCAUUGGGUUCAGAUUUUCAAACAUCAUUUGCCUGUCCAUUAGGUACAACUGGCUUUUUUUCAAGUCCUAACUAUUGUGAUGUUUUUCAUUAUUGUUAUGAAACGGGUGAACUCUCAUCGUUUGUUUGUGCAUCCAUGCCUAAUCGAUAUCAAUUAUGGUGGAGUCAUCAAAAUGAACCAGGCCGACCUGAUAAUGUUUUCUGCGAUUGGCCAUGUAAUUUACAAGGUUCAUACGCUUGUCCGGCUCAUAAAUCAGUUCUUAUGCGUGAUCGACAAACUAUCGGUAAUCUUUUACAACAAGAAAUUAUUGAAGCAACAUGUUCAUCAGCCCAAGUACCAACUAUGACUGUACUUAGUAAUAGUUUUACCCCGGAACCAGUUGGAAUUAUGACUCAAUCAUUUUUCCCAGCACCUUCGCCGAAUAAUCUUAACAGCAUUCCACCACAACCUUCAAUGAUUGGUUCAAGUGCAAGUUCGUCUGUAUUAGGAUAUCAGCCAUGUGCACCGUCGAAUGAAUGGUAUGUUAGUCAACCAACUAUUCGAUGUAGUUCAUCGUUUGCUGCAAGUGGAUUUGCACCGGAUCCAAGAGAUUGCUCGAAAUAUUACGCUUGUGAUUCGUUUGUUGGAAAUGAUGGAAUGUCAACAGGUAUUCUGAUGCAAUGUUUAGCUGGUCUAUGGUGGGAUCAACAACGAUGUACAUGCGUACUUCCAUCUGAAGUUGCAUGUAAUCCAUAUAAUAUAAUUAAUUCUCAUGGGCAAAAUAGCAUUGUUGGAAUUGACCUUAACGGUCUCAAUGGUCUCAAUGGUCUCAAUGGUCUCAAUGGCCUCAAUGGCCUCAAUGGUCUCAAUGUUGUACAUCAACAAGCAGCACCACCAAUUGUUUCUAUUCCAUAUUUUCCUACAACACCGAUUGUUAAUUUCCCACAAGCACAACCAGUCGCUCCAAUCGCUGCAGGAUCCCCAGAAGGCACAUGCCGUGGUGCUCCCCUAUGUGUGGAAGUUGGACUUAAUAUUCUCAAGCAAAUGAAAGGCAUUCCUGGUCGACCAGGAUGGUUUUAUAAAUGUGACAGUCAAUGUGCACUUGAAAUGCGUUGUCCACCAGGUUUAACUUUUGAUGAUUUAUAUCAACGAUGUGAAUGGCCUAGAAAUGGUUCACAACCGCCAAUGCAUCGUUUGGGUAGUUUGAAAAAUAAACCAGAACAAAUGAAAAAUGAAAACGUACCAAUCAGUUUAAUGACAACAAUAAAGCAAAAAUUUUCAACAGUAUCAACACCGAGCAAACAUUAUAAAAUAGCCGAACCAUAA